CAUUUUCUACGACUGUUUGUUGCCGAUGACAGAAAUCACAGAAAAAAACACGCGAUCGUCUUGGCCUGUCUUGGCCUUUGGGAGCGGCACUUAUUUUUCCAUUUAAACAAAUCAACAAGCAAUAGUUUUGAUCAUUACUAUUACGACAGAGUGAAAUUAAUAAUAUGGAAAGUGGAAAUACGGAAGCAAGUGAUAAGUCUUCUGUAGCAGCGGUGACCGAGAAAGAAAAUGCAAUGGAUAAUGGAGACCCGGCAACAGAAUCCCAUACCCAUUCGAAUGGAAAAUCAUCCGACCUGCAGGAAGAAACAAUUCAUAUCUACGCCACUCUUGCAUUCAUCGUGGUUAUCGUGAUGAUCGGGGUACCGAUGUGGUGGAAGACCACCGAGGUUUAUCGCGUCUCACUGCCAUACGCAGAAAUAGAAGCGUUGGGCGAGGUACCCAUUAAAGCCACUAUCCGAAUGGGGUUGUUCGUAAAAUCAACCGAUCGUAAGGAGAUCCUCAUGUUCGAGCUGAGGAAGAAAUUCGAGAAUAACUUCGUAUUUAACCUUCAGUUGAAGGACUUUUCAAUUGAUGUGGAAACUGCUCAAUCGGCCAAAACACCGGCCGCUCUCGAGACGGCUGUUUUGAAGCGUCAUCCACUGGAUUUGGGGGAAUUCGCUCUGAUCGAAUGGGGCAAGUUGGAAGAUGACGUUCUUGUUACUUCAGAAAGAACGGCUUUUAUUUCCGAAAGUGCCACCUCGCUGAAGAUAUAUCAAGUUUUGUCGUCUUGGAUUCUCCAGGAGUACAAAUUGAAGGCUAUUCUCGGAUCGAAGGACAUGCAAACAACGAAGGGUCGCCAACUACGGCUUAACACAGCACCUAUGCAACCUCACUACGAGAUUCUGAUUUCUGUACUCAAUCCUCGACCCGACAUUCAAAGGGUUCAUUGGAAUGCCAGAGCCGCAGCAGAAAAUUACAUUGUACCCUUCUUGAGCGGACUGUCAGCGAUUGCUAACUUCACCGUCAAAACCCAAUGGAUCUAUCAGGUGGAAAUUCAGAACCACCCUCAGAAACAGGUUCAAGACAGCACGAAAGUGCGCCGCCACUAUGUGAUUCCAGAAGAUGUGCUGCCCCACAUUAUCACUUCGUUCGAGAAAAAACUAGGUAAUCAGAUUUCGAACGAUCCGGGCAUCCACCUGGUCGUGUAUGUUCCGGCGUGCGAAUUGGCACCGCUCCGAAUCUACCGCAAGGACGGCACAAGGGCAUCUGUCGACAAUGUCGAAGCGUUCACUUCGGCCAAAUGGGGUGGCAUUGUGUUCGCAAACCCCUCGGACGAUGCGAUUAUCAAGUGUCUGGAAGAUCCGGAAAAUAGUGAUGUAUAUGUCAGCUCUCAAGAUGUCAUGCCAGUGUUGCUGUACCAGCUGCGGAAAAUCCUCGAUCUCGAGAACAAUAUACCACUGCUGGACACCACCCUUGCACCGUUUGAUUCUAUUAAGGCACGAAUUUGGGAGGCAGAUACCUUCAUUCGGUCGAACACUAUUUACCGCAUUCAUUCUGCUACUUUGACGCUUCAAUCUCUCAUUCAGCUGCUCGGAGGAAUUAAUUAUAUCGUUAUAAACGAUGAGGUGGGUGAAGCCAUCAAGGACGCUUACCAACGGAUCGUAACAGCCAAGGAUCAUUUAGCGAACAACAGAUUACUGGAGGGUGCCGCCGAAGCGAGACGGGCUUAUGUGUCUGCCGAACGGGCUUUCUUCGAUCCGAGCAUGCUAGCGCUGCUGUAUUUCCCCAGCGAGCAAAAGUAUGCGAUUUACAUCCCACUGUUCUUGCCGAUUAUGAUUCCGGUGAUCUUUUCCUUUAACACGAUCAGUAAGUACCUGAGGAAACGUUUCGGAAAAGGAGACAAACAGAAAUCGGAGUGAAAAGCUAUCGCCAAUAAAAUAUAGUCCAUAUA